AUGAACGGAAUUCAGCGUCGUAAAGUUGCUCUCGUCGCAGCAUGUCUGCACAUCUUCUCUUCUGCUGGUUUGUUCCUUUCUGCACCUUAUGCUGAGAGUCUCUUUUCCAUGCUGAACUUCCUUGGUGUCUUCUUCCACACUGGCAUUCCAUGUGAACUGCCCCUUGAUAAGUAUGGACCUUCCUCAUUGAUCCGUCUGAUGUUGUCCGGUGUUAGCUUUGGACUGGCUACCACAGUCCGCAGCAAUGGCGUCUUCAGCGGACUCAUCUACUUACAUCAUGUCUACAUGUUGUUCCAUUCUCACAUCAACAUUCGCACAAUUACAACAAUUGCAGUCAUUGGCUUGUCGGCCAUGGCAAUUCUAUCUGGUACGAUACUCCCACAGUACAUGGCAUACCAAGAGUUCUGCGCAGCGCCAUCAGAUGGCGACAUCAGGCCCUGGUGUUCACGGACUCUGCCCAGUGUCUACACUUGGGUGCAAGAACAUUAUUGGUACGUUCUCAAUGGGCGCAGUGAGAAUCCCGCUGACGUUGUCCCAGGANAUGUGGGCUUCCUCCGCUACUGGACCAUCUCUAACAUUCCCUUGUUCUUGCUAGCAUUGCCAAUGCUGUGCAUCUUGAUCGGCACUGGACUCGCUGCUCCUGACAUCAAGAUGGACGUUCCUGGCCGUCGCUCCAACCAUGCAUCGGUUUACAUCUUGUGCCUGGCUUCCUCUCAGAUAUUGCUGGCGCUGCUAGCCCUUACAACCUUCCAUGUUCAGAUAGUCAACCGCAUCGCUACUGGCUAUCCAAUUUGGUAUGUCAUGAUCGCUGCAGGUAUUGUGUUACCGAAUACGUUGGAUGGAGAUGACAGGACGACUCGGUCGCGUGAGACCAAGUCACUUGUUCGAAACGUACAGGACCACCUCGGCAGACCGUCGAUACAACAAUUUAUCUUUCGAGGAAUAUUCAUGUAUUCCAUUAUCCAAGGUGGUUUAUACGCUAGCUUUAUGCCUCCAGCAUGA